CACAAGACAAACUGACAAACGUUUGUGAUGAAACUUGUACGUAGAAACGUCAGUGUCACUUUGUUUCCAUGUUUUUUCUAGGAAUUAAUUUUUGGAUAACAUGUGUAUUAGAUAAUUUUUCAAAAACCUGUAAAAUGACUUAUUUAAAUUCAUGGGAAGAUUUCGAAAAAGAAGCUGAGAGACUGUACUUACAAUCGCCAUGGAAAGUUAGAUAUACUUUGAAAUAUGUUCAUUCAAAGAACCAACUAAUUUUGAAAAUGACUGAUGAUUUAGUGUGUUUGCAGUUUAAGACAGAAAUUGCACAAGACGUCCGGAAAAUAGACAAAUUUAUUAAUAAUCUCUUGAGGCAUAUGGUAUCCAAGGAACAUUAGCCCACUUAGACCUAGAGACUUCACUACUAUCCUGUUAUGUGUUUACAUGUAUAAGACCUAAAUAAAUUGAAAAAAAAACGUAACACAAACCACCUCUGUUAAAUCAAAUAGGAGUAUCUGUGUAACUGUUUUUGAAACUGUAACAUUAGUACGAAAAUAUGAACACCCAUAGAACCUUAUUGCACAAAGAAUCUACCAAAUACCUAUCUUUGAAUCAGCACAAAGGUUUGUUUAUUCAGUCCAAUAUGAAUUUUAUUUAUUGCAUAUGAGGUCAAUUUUGAUUUUAUACCAGUGUUUCAAAUUCAACCCUCACCAUUGGGAUCUCAGAAACUGUAAGAGAGACAAAGUCAAUUAAAGGGGGUGCAAAGUUGCUGAUUUAAGUAAUUAAGGAAAUGCUGCUUAGGCAGUUCCAAAAUUCAAAGUAGUUCCAGAGAUAGUUGGAAAAAACAGAAUUUACCCAAAAUUGUUUUAAUUUUUUUCUGACUUUUUUUGUAGUCAGAUUUUUAAAUAAGUUACAUAUCAAGAUUGCCCCUUUUUCUCCUCUAUUUUUAUUAUGGACGCCAUAUUAAUGUUUGUCCAGAUCAAUAGAUUUUUUAAUUCUUAUUGAAAAAAUGUAUAACACUCCAAGGGCGCAAACGAUAUUUUGGCUGGUCAUUUUUUAACCUCAGUGGAACUUCUAGAAUUUAUCUUAUUAUUGCUCCUUAAAUCCAUUGUGUUCUAUCUGGUCAAGGCCAGCUUGAAAAAAAAACAUGGAAAAUGUUCAGAAAUGCAAUAUUUUAUUAUAUGAGAACAAAAUAAGUAUGUGGCAUGAAUAAUUAACUAGUGUAAUAAUAUUAAAGAUUCAAACAUAAAAAACUUCAUUGCUGGUAACAAAAAAAAAAAUAAAUAAAUAAAACAUUACAUAUGGUAUAACAGGAAGUGUUUUAGAUUGGUUUAGAAAUUAUUUGUCUAAAAGGAUGCAAGUUACAAAAGUUAAUGACACUAUUUCAUCAAAAAUUGAAAAUACGUAGGACAGUAUCCUGGGACCACUUCUUUUUAUUUUAUACAUAAAUGAUUUACCUGCCAUAGUAAGAAAAUGCAAAAUUCAGAUUUUUGCCGAUGACACUAUGAUUUAUAUAAGUACUAAAAAUAUUCAGUCUGGUAUCUCUUAUAUAAAUGACGACUUGAAACUUGUCUCAAAAUGGUUAGCAUCUAACAGACUAAAAUUAAAUACAAGUAAAACAAAAGCCUUGUUAAUUGGAAAAAACAAUGCACAAAUGUUCAACUGAAUAUCGAUGGUGAAGAUAUUGAAUUCGUAGAAAAUUUUAAAUACCUUGGGGUUUUUGUUGACUCUCGAUUAAUUUUUGAUAUUCAUUAUGAAAAGGUUAUAAAUAAAAUUAGUAGUAAAGUGGGAUAUUUAUCGAGAGUUUCUGGAUGUCUGAGUUCAUAUAGCAGAAAAAUUAUCUAUAAUACCAUCAUUCUUCCAAAUUUCUUGUACUGUUCGAUUAUUCUAUAUUUAGCAAAUAAUUCCAUUUUUGAAAGACUGCAAAUUUUACAAAAUAAGUGCAUAAGAGUAAUACUAAAUAAAGAUAAAUAUACUCCAAUUAGGCAAAUGCUUAGCAAAAUAAAAUGGCUCAAUGUAAAAAUUUUUAUCAAAUAUCUUGUAAUGAUAUUCAUUUAUAAAGUAAAAAAUAAUAUAUUUCCAUCAAGUGUAACUAAUUUAACAUCAUCAAAUGUCUGUCGACCAUCAUUUACAUAAUACCAGAAAUAAAGAUGACUUCCAUUUAAUGACCAAAAAGUAUAACAUAUGCUACAAAUCUGUAUUCCAUCAAGGUUUGAUUGAAUAUAAUAAAUUAUACUCAGAGAUAUGUAAAAGACCAGAAAACUUUGACAAAAUUUAAAGUAAAAUUAAGAAAUCACUUGUUGAAUCUACAAUUAUACGUUGCCCAGCAUUUACAUCAUACACCAUAUGGCUUGAAUUUACUAGUUCUAAGUUGUUUACAAUUAUUCUGUUUAUGUAGCCAAAUGUGCUAAAUAAAUCUUUCUACUACUACUACAUUCUGAGCGUCUCCGAUACAUAUCCCAGUCCAUUCCACACAAAACAAUGUUUUUGAUUGCGAAAACGAACACGACACGGUUAAGAUGG